GGCCUCGUGCUUUUUCCUGAUGAAACAAUUUGAUGACGUUUUGCUUUAUUUAAGCUCAAUUAAGAGCUACUUUUACUCGGACGACUCAUUUAAUUUCAAUUUUGGUCAAGCACAAUCAGUAACCGGUAAUUAUACCGAAGCUGAAGAAGCGUUUUUAACAAUUAAGGAGAAAAGAAUCACAACUGAUCCAGUUUAUAUUAACUGGCUAAUAAGAUGCUACAUAAUGAAUAAAACACCAGAAAAGGCUUGGCAAUUAUAUGAACAGAACUCAUCUCGAUCUGAUUCAUACAAUUAUCUUAAUCUAAUUGCAAAUGAUUGUUACAAAAUGGGACAAUUUUUGUAUUCAGCUCGAGCCUUUGAUAUUCUGGAAAAACAUGAAACAAACCCUGAAUUCUGGGAAGGCAAAAGAGGAGCAUGUGUUGGCCUUUUCCAGUUAAUUCUAGCGGGUAAAGAACCAAGGUCAGUACAAAUAAUUAGCCAACUAACAAGGAAUUAAAUUAAUCACAGAAAAACAAAACAAUUUCCAUUUUCACAGAGAGCAAAUAUAUGAGAUAAUGAAGCUACUCCGAAACUCGGACAAUCCUCAGGUUGACCAAAUCCUAAGAACACUACGUAAUUGGGACAAAGAGAAUAAAAGUGAUCUCUAAAUCGAAUAUCCGAUGUAAUCAACUGACCCAAGUUCGGAAAAAGAACAAAAAAUACAAAGAAACAUAAACAUUGCGAAUCUCUUGAAGAAAGAACGAGAUAUUAAUGAAGAGAAAGAAAAAGAAAAUCUGGUAACAAAGAGAAAGAGAAGAGAAAAAGAAAAGAAAACCAAAAGAAAGAGACUUAGAGAUGGCGCUUUUUCUGUUCUUGCACAAACUCUGUUCUAAAUUCUUUGUCUUGAAUCUACCAUGUUUUCUUUUUCAUUGUUAACAUUUAAUUUAAUCUUGAAGAGAAUUUUAAUUUUCUGUUAUUAAUUUUAAUAAAAGUGAUCGACAUUAAUUGUAAUCAUAACAAUUAACUUGUUCUCUAUCGUUUUAAUCGAAAACCUUUUUUUGUCAAUCAACCGUUUUUUCUAAUAUUUUGUUUGUUGAUUUUAAAAUUUUCUUCUUUCUCACUUUUUUCUCUCAUCUGUAAUUUUUCGCGUCAAUAUUAUUAUUACUUCUUCUUUCUCUCUUUCUCUCUCUCUUUCUUUAUCUUUUAUAUUGUUCAUCAUCUUGUCAUCUUUGUAAUUUCGACUGCGAAAAAAUGUCCGAGAAAGAAGUGAUCACCAAGAAUGACAACAAUGAGAAUGAAACCAAAGAUGUAACAUCUCAUAAACGAAGUAUCAAUGAGAUGGACCAAAUCAAUAAUCUUAUUGAAGAGGGUAAAGUCAAAGCAAACGAAUUGAAUGUGACAUUGAAAACAAUUGAACACAUCACCGAUCGACUUCAUCAUCAGUACACCAAAGCUCAAAAUGAUGUUAAUGAUACUUUCAACUUUUAUGUUAACCAACUGGACGAGGUUAAAACGGACACACUGAAAGAAUUGGAUGAUAUUUAUAAUUCUAAACUGGUCAAUUUGAAUCAUCUUUACUCAAAAGUUAUCGAAGGAGUUGACAAAGUUAAACAGAUUGCAAUGUUUGUCGAUCGUUUCAAGAAAUUCUCCUCCAGUCACGAUACUUGUGAAUUAUUGCUAUUUAAACAAUUGAUCGAAGCUCCUCUGGUUCAAAUAAGAAACUUCGAACCCGAUAUAAACAUACCAAAAGCCGAAUUGGAGUUUGUGUCCAACUAUCAAGCCAUACAGACAAGUGUGAAAAAUACUUACGGGUAUAUCAGAAGCUCGUCAACAGAGUCCAAGCAACCUCCAAUUAGUCGUCCAAAUGGAUUGAGUUCCUACAAUCAGCAGCAUACUAAUGGAGUUGAUUCCCUUCUUCAGAAACGAUUUAACAAUUCAGUCAACAGUACAGUGACUAAUACCAAUAAUAACAGUCCAAUAAUCAGUAAUGGCUCCAAUAAUGGUACUCGUUCCAUGAGUAAUAUUUCAUUAUCUGAUUCGAUUGCCACUUUAUACGAGAAAUGGUCCAUUGGCGGUUUAGGUGGUUCUCCGGAUUCAUCUCUCUACACUAAUAGUACCCCAUCCAUAUCAGAACCAUUCAACUCGCUAUCUGAUCCUCUGCUCGACCUUUCAAGUAAAUUAAACUCUGCUAUAUCAUUACUGCCCAUCAAAUCUCAAAUUAAACGUCAUAAGAUGAUUUAUCAUUGUAAAUUUGGUGAAUUUGGUAUUUUAGAGGGCCAAUUCACUGAACCCUCAGGCGUUGCUGUUAAUGCACAGAACGAUAUCAUUGUCGCAGACACAAACAACCACAGAAUCCAAAUAUUUGACAAAGAAGGACGAUUCAAGUUCCAAUUUGGUGAAUGUGGUAAACGUGAUGGACAACUUUUAUAUCCAAAUCGAGUUGCCGUGGUUAAACAAUCUGGCGAUAUCAUUGUUACUGAAAGAUCUCCUACCCACCAAAUACAAAUUUACAACCAAUAUGGUCAAUUUGUUCGUAAAUUUGGUGCCAAUAUCCUCCAACACCCUCGAGGUGUUACUGUUGACAACAAAGGGCAAAUAAUUGUUGUUGAAUGCAAAGUUAUGAGAGUACUUAUCUUCGACCAAAUGGGAAAUGUACUCAAAAAGUUUGGUUGUUCAGCUCAUCUUGAGUUUCCCAAUGGAGUUGUGGUUAAUGAUAAACAAGAAAUUUUCAUCUCUGACAAUCGUGCUCAUUGCGUCAAAGUUUUCAGUUAUGAAGGUCACUUCCUCCGACAAAUUGGUGGUGAAGGUCUCACUAAUUACCCUAUUGGUGUUUGUAUUAAUGAGGCAGGUGAAAUAUUGGUCGCCGAUAAUCAUAAUAAUUUUAACAUAACCGUUUUCAGCCAAGACGGUCAACUAAUCAAUGCCCUUGAAAGUAAAGUUAAACAUGCUCAAUGUUUCGAUGUUGCCCUUAUGGAUGACAAUUCGGUUGUUCUUGCCUCCAAAGAUUACCGAAUUUACAUCUAUCGAUAUUUGGGAGUGGAAAGUCUGGCUCAAGCUGUUGCAACCUCCGGUAUCUGUUGAAAUGGUCCAAAUAACAAUACAGUUUUAACCCGACGAUCGACCAACCAUUUAUCACCCACCAGACACUAAAGAAACAAACAAGACAUCAACUAUCGUUUUUUUCAACCAAACUUCCAAAAUUUUUCUAGAGAUGCAUCUUUUUCACACACUCUCUCUCUCUCUGCCUCUCUACGUUUCUCUCUAUUUCUCUUUAAUCAACACCAAUUUCAAUUUUUACCACCAUCAUCAUCAUCAUCAUCAACAUUCACCAACACGCACAUGAACACACAACACAUACACCAACAUCUUCACCACCAUAGCAAAAACAAGACCAUUAGUUAUCACUUUUUUUCCCAUAUCACAAGUUAUCUCGUUUUCCUCUUGUCCUGUUCUCCCAACACCUUAAUUUUUUCUACCUUUUUCUUAUUGUGAUUUUGAUUUAUUUGUUAUUAUUUUGUUUGCUUGUUUUCCCUGUUAAAUGGUCUGCAUUAUGUGGCACUUGUUGACUUACCCUCUUCUCAAUCAAAUUUAUCCCUUUCCUCUUAUUAUUAUUACUAUUAUUAUUAUUAUUAUUAUUAUUAUUAUUAUUACUAUUAUUUAA